AAAUGCUGAUUUGCAAGUAUAUUAACUAUAGUGUGGCCUGUAAGUAGAAGGAGAGAUUCCUUAAAGCUUAAUGUUUAUCAUGAACGCAUUUAUCACAAAUUAGAUACGAAAUCUUAAACUAUUUCUCGUACACAAAAUAAAAAUUAGCGCUGUUUGUUUUAAAUAAGGGUGGAGUAAAUAGAAUAGGGGGUCAAUGUUCAGGAAAACUUGUCCCACGCUGAUGUAAAUCUUUCUUCCUCCGCUUUAAUUGCACGUUUUCUUUUCCAUUUUACUCAAGCAGGUUGACGAUGAGAUCAUUUCCAAGCUUAAUCCAAGUGAUUCAUAUAUGGAAUUCGCUUAUCGGAGUCAUCCUUUUUGCUCUUUUGUUGGCAGUCACUUCAAAGGUCAAGCACUUUGUCAGCAGUGGUGCAGAGAUUGCUGGUUAUGGUAACUUUCAAACAUUUGCUUAUCCUGCCACCUUUGUCUAUAUGUUUAUACCGACAAUUACAGCCACUAUUUACAGCAUCAUUCUUUCGUUCGAUCCAAGUCCCAAAUACAAAGCAUGGUCACCGUCCAGGACGAUGCAAGGAUCCAUCUCCUUUUUUGCAGCUGCCCUGUUUCUUGCUGCCUUGCUGCCCACUAUUCCAGGAGCUGAUGUUAUGACCGAUGGUUCGGCUCUUGAGUGUCUUUGGACAAAUUACAUGCAAUGGAGGGUACAGUUUAACAAUCCUGAAGUCUUCCCUUGGGUAAUGGCUAUAGAUGACGCUUGUUCAAUGCUCAAAGCUUCAGAUGCUCUUUGCUGGAUUCUAUUUAUAGGAUGGUUGGUACAAGUGAUUAAUUAUGUGCGUUCAGCGAGCCUCGCCAAGAAUUAUCUCAAACAUAAUAAAUAAAAUUUCUGAUGGAUAGAAGUGAGGGAACACUUACAGUCCAUCGCUUUGUCAAAUCAUUAUUAGGCACUAAUAAUAGGCUCUUUACGAUAAAAUACGUCGUACAAAUGCUAAUCGCAGACAUGUUAAUGCGAGCUAAAGCUAUGUGAAUUGUAUAAUGCAGCAUGCACCUAGUGGAUCCAUGCAUAUAGUCGAGAACAAAGAGCUACAAAAGAGAGAUAGUCAAUAGAAGCCAAUGUCAUGUUAGUGACAGGCAAAACGAAUUGUAUGGUUUCCCGUCUUCGUUCUAAUG